AAGAAGCAGGACGUUGACGUCACAAACACGGCUUCUUCUGGAACGAAGACGUAUUUUAUUACAUUAAACGUAGAUUAGUGUUUUUAAACUAAUGCGACUUUAAUAUCAGACCACAGAGUACUAUUGAAGUUUGAUGCUGCCAAUUUAGAAGCGAAGAAGAAGACGUUGGUCGUAUCAGGUCAUCUGUCGUCAUGACUACCAAGAAUGGACUUAUAACAGAUUCAUUUAAGGUCGUGAAGAAAGCAAGAAAAGUGACAAAAAAGGAUCCAAUUGCUCCUUCGGUGCAGAAUGCUGAAACCGCUACGUGUCAUCAUGACGAUGAAGAGAAACUGAGACAGUUUGACCUGGAGUGGAGAUGGGGCCCCUGUACAGGGAUCAGCAGGCUUCAGAGAUGGGAGAGGGCAAAGCUUCACGGUUUGGAUCCCCCUGAAGAGAUCCGGGACUUGUUGCUGCAAAAACAAACUGAUCAGGAGUACAACCUGAGCUUAUGGAGUCAAUACCCUUUGUGAUGAUGAAUGAAGAAGAAAACUCCAGCAUCAAGGAUUAUACCAAUUUUUUUUUUUUUUACCAAUAAUACUGGGUGUCCCUAAAGGCUGGGCAAAUGAUCUACAGAUCUUGUGCCCAAAAAAAUAGCAAUGAAUUAAUUAAUUAACUAAUAAAUAACAAAUAAAUAAUGCACUCAAUUUAUACAUUAUUUAAACAUAACUCAAAUUAAAAACACAUUUAAAUAAAAUAUAGUAAAAAAAAUUAUAUCUGUGUGUGUAACUGCAUAAUAUAUGCAUUUAUGCCCAUGUGCCUAGACCUCAGGGACACCCAGUUACAUACACUACUGGCCACAACAUUAGGUACACAUGCACAUCUAAUGAUAGUUUGUUGGUCUAACAUAGGUCUUAUUUCAGCAACAAAAUUAUUAUUGCAUUUGUACUUUGCAAUGGCAUUAUUUUUGGUAAAAUGUUAAUAUACAGCAACUGUAUAAUGUAGUUGUAGUUUCCUGUGGUGUAUAACUUUUAUUGUUGUAUUUUCUGAUUGUGAUCUUAAAGUGAUUUAAGUUGAAAAUGUUAAUGUAGUACAUUAAACUGAUUUCAUAAUGGCUAAAUCCAUUCA